CUUCCGAUGAGAAAGAACUGUAAAAUGUAAAAAGGACAAUGAAUUUUCCCGAUUUUUAGAGAAAAAUGACCAAGACUGCAGAUGCAACAUGAUAAUUACCACAAACCAGGCGUUAAUUUUACGGGAUGUUGACGGACAGCAUCAAGAUGAUCACAGAAGUGGAGGCACUGCUUACCAAAUGCCACCCCAGAACCUUAACACACCAACCCAACAACAGCAACAGCAUCCGGACCAGCAUCAGAUGAGUCAGUCCUUGGUGGAUCAACACACUGGGGUCAGCAUGGCUGACCAGCACUCAUCCCUUGACCAUGCCCACAGCAUGGCGGAGCAUGCGGCUCACAGCAUGCUGGAUCUCAGCGAGACAGGCAGUUCCCUGGAGCACCUGGCAGGGGGAGGUCACUCCGCCCAGUCACUGGCUGACUUAGGCCGAGGCUCGGACCAGUCUCUUGACUCCAACGCUAGGAGACAACAGCUGCAUGAUAGAAUUGGUUUAAAUGACGGGGGCCAAGGAAUGCGGCAGUUGGGUAAUGACAGAGACAUUGGGAUGGGCUCUGGAAAUAACAAUGGUAUGCGCCCCAUGUCGGGACUAGGGGACAGGAUAAAUCAGCCAAUGAGGAACAUGACUCCUGUGGGGGACAGUCGAGUGCAACAUUUAGGAAAUUCUAUGUCCUCGGAUGGGCGGGGGAGCGUGGGGCUCAGCGGUGGCAACGGGAAUGGUUUAUCUGACCAAGGAUACCCUGAGCAGUCUUCUCAAAGUUUGUUGGACUCAAUGUCUUCACGAGGCCGGCCACCUUCCAUGGGGGGUGGUGGUCAGCAUAAUCUGGACCAGCAGCAUGGCGGACACUCCCUGCCCCCGCACAUGAGAGGUGAGCACCCGUCCCACUCCCACCCUGGUCUUGUAGACCACCAUUCCCAGCAGGCUAUGGGUGGGGACAGCAGUAACCAUAACGGCCGAGGGGGCAUGUCAGCUUACGGUCUAGACAACAAUAACGGUCAGCUGCACUCGCGGCCAGGCUCCACGCUAUUGCAGGAGCCAAACAGUCGUAAUGACGCUCGUGAUCUUUCUCGUGCUGUGUAUUCUUCAUCAUCAUCAUCCACGGAUCGGUCAUCUGGUCACCAGUCUACAUCUCUUAUAGAGGAAACUAUCGCAGCGGUGGCGUCAAAUCUCAACAAGUCUUCACCCGAUGGGGGUCUCAUGCCUGGCCCCCUGCCCCCUAACUCAAUGAUGGGACACUUAGGGGCGCUAGGACUAGCACGGUCGAACAGUGCUGCGCCUCACAUGGGGCACGGGAGCGACGAAUCAUUGGCCGACCUGGUGGGGAGACACCACAGUCAUGGGAUCCCCAUGCUGUCUGAGAGGGCGAGUCAGUCUCUUUCAGGGCUCAUGGAUGACCAUUCUAUCGGGGCGUCGUCGUCCGGCCACGGUCAGGGCAGGGAGCUGGAGAAGACCCACCCCUGUUUGACCUGUUUAAAGAUGUUCCGUAGCAAACAACAGUUGGCCCAGCACAACCUGGUGCACACGGGGGUGCGCAAACACAUCUGUUCUUUCUGUGACCGGGCCUUCAAGCAGCUUUCACACCUACAACAGCAUGUGCGCAUACAUACAGGGGAGCGCAAGUACAUGUGCAAGUUCUGCGAGAGAGGGUUUAAGCAGCUUUCCCACUUACAAAAGCACACCCGAAUCCAUACUGGCGACACAGCACCGCCCAGUGACGACGACCAAAAGCAUGCUAAUGUGCCAGCAACACGCCAGCAGGACAUAUCCCGAGAGCGCAAGUACAUUUGUUCGCUCUGCGAUAAGGGAUUCAAGCAACUUUCCCAUUUGCAACAGCACUUCCGCAUACAUACGGACGAGCGCAAGUACAUCUGUUCUUGUUGUGAGCGGGGAUUUAAACAGCUUUCACACCUACAGCAACAUUUUAGAAUUCAUACUGGAGAACGCAAGUAUGUUUGCCAGAUAUGCAAUCGUGCAUUUAAGCAAAUGACACACUUGCAGCAGCACCAUAUCAUACACACGGGAGAGCGCAAGUACAUUUGCCAAGUUUGCAAUCGUGCAUUUAAACAAAUGACACACUUGCAGCAGCACCAUAGAAUUCACACAGGAGAGCGCAAGUACGUUUGCCAGAUUUGCAAUCGAGCAUUUAAGCAAUUGACCCAUUUACAGAAGCACCAUGUUAUUCACACUGGGGAGCGCAAGUAUGAAUGUCAAGUUUGCAAUCGUGCAUUUAAACAAAUGACACAUUUGCAGCAGCACCAUAAAAUACAUACUGGAGAGCGCAAGUAUAUUUGUCAAUGUUGUGAUCGUGGCUUUAAACAGCUGACCCACCUCCAGCAACACUACAGAAUUCACACUGACGAGCGGAAAUACGUAUGCCAGUGCUGCGACCGGGCCUUCCGCCAGCAGUCGCACCUUAACCAGCACUUCCGCAUACACACAGGUGAGAAGCCGUAUCGAUGUAAAUUUGAGAACUGCGAGCGGGCAUUUGCCCAGUUGUCCAAUCUUCAACAUCACAUGCGUAACCAUGACGACCAGGUAAAAAAAGAGGCCACUCGUAUUCACAAAUGUCAGAUUUGCCAUCGGUGCUACACAAACGAGAGCAGUCUGAAAUCUCACACUCUCAAGAUGCACAUCCAUAUCAAGCCCAUCGACCAACACCCACUCCCUACCCCAAAGAAAAGACGCAAGCGAAAGAAUAAGGAUCUGUAUGGUGGCGCCCCGACCAUGGUGCCAGUCUCCUCUUCCUCUGAUGGGAACUUCAACAACGUCAUGCAGGGCAUGAAAGCAGGCGGCUCACGGACACGCAGCCCCACAUCCUCUGACGAUGAUGAAAUUAUAUUUGUAGGUGAGCAGAUGGGUCCGCCACGCGUGGACAACUUCGGGGGUCCUGGAGGUGGGCUCGGUGGUCAAGGACAGAUGCUGCAAGGUCCAGGCGGAAGAGGUCACGACCUCAGCCAUCAAUUACAAUUCACUGGAAUGGGAAACUUCUCUCGUGGUGCCGAUCCUCUGGCGCUCCUGGCGUCUGCCAACAGGUUUACCCUCCAGGACAACAUGAUGUCCAGCCUGGGAGGGCCUCUCAACUCCUUUUCAGACCAGCUGGCGUUCAGAGAUGCGGCUCUUCUCAACAGUCGUUUUGGUGAUCUCAGAGGAGUCCCCGGCCAAGGCUCAAGCUUUGAUGACAGGUUCUCAUCAGGCAACUUCAACCAGCAGCAGCAACAACAGCAGCGGGACCGAGACGGCUUUGGGAACCACAAUGACAUUAACAGCCGGGCCAACAGCGCCUCCAACAGCGACAGCAACAUGCAAGCACAAAACGGCAACGCCAACGAGAACCGGAACCAGAUCCCCGCCCACAACCAAGGAAUGAUCCGAGGAUCUGGGAUGGGCGGCCUAGGUGGAAGCCUGGGCGGGAUGAUGCAUGGGUCCGGGCAAGGGGGACUGGGGGGUUUGAUGAAGCAGAUUAAACAAGAACCUUUGGAUUACUUCCCCUCUUCCUGCCACGGAGGGGAUCAGUUUUCUGGGAUGGGGGUCAACAGCGGCGGAGGCUUCCUGUCCCCCCAGCACCUGAUUAACUCCCACCUGCGAGGCCAGUUGCCUUCCCUGAAUGUGCCGCUGAUCCGGGACCACUUCUCCCAGCACCAGAUGCUGCCUCACUCAUCUGCUUCUCCUGUCACCUCCUCCACCUCCGUCACCAACGUAGCUCCAUCCUCCACCCCCUCCUCUCUUCCAUCCAGCACCCCUUCCUCCUUGGCGUCCCUCCCCCUCCCCUUGUCUCACAUGGGUCUCUAUCACCAGUCCCAUUUUUCCAGCACCCAGCGGAUGGGAGGUCUCCACCCAUCCCCGGCCUCCACCCCAUCCAGCCAGCUGUCUGUGGGAGGGGCUAACCUUCCCAGUAACCUAAGCACUCAAGGGGGGCGAUCCCCGCUGGAGCAAGAGGAUCUGCGCUGCUUCUCUCCACUUCGAAACUGAGCUAAAAAAAAAUGUGUACAUGUUGAAUUGACAUUUUUUUGUUGAAAAAAAAAACCAAGCUGUAACAAUUAUGAGAUGAGCACAAACUUUUUUAAAUUUUAUUUCUCUCAUGCUUGAAUUUAAUGAAAAAAAAAAUGACUGAAACAUUGUUGGUUAAAAGGGUAAUCUCCCUUUCUUGCUGUGAACCUCUGCCAUACUAAGAUGUUCCACCAGCUAAGAAAUCAGCCUUGAUCUCCCUGCCAAGACUACAUAUUAACUUCUAGUCCAUUACACCAACUGGUGUGGCUCUUCACCAGAACUGCCAUCUUACAGUGGAUCCAACACAGUACCAGCUGGGGUGCAAUGUAACUUCUAGUUUCUUUUAUGUCUUGCAUUUAUGCUGACCAGUUAUAUAGCUUCGUAGAACUGUCAAAGAUUUUUUCUGUGCAUAUUUUAGUCUAAAAUGUAUGUGUAUUUAUAUGCUGUUUACGUGGUAA